AGACAGGCAGAGGCGAGAGCGAGAGCUCAGAGCGGAGAUCACAAAGCCCAAAUUCUCAAAGUCUCAACCAGUGUGACGCUGACCCAAGAAAAAUAACCUUUACGGCUUUAGCCCUCUUUUUCUAGAGGUUCCCUUUCUUCCUUUAUUUAACAUUUUCAUUUUCCUUUUUGCCUCUUGGUACUCUACAGUUCAAUGGAUCCCACAUCUCCUCUCCCAUUCCUUCCCAGAAGCUUCUUCAUCUUUAAGGAAGUUGGACUAGGACUGCUGAAGCAAUCACAUAACGAGUUUUACAGGGAGCAGAUGGAGCCCGCCAUGCGGGCGAACCUUCACUGAAUUCUAUGUUAUAUAUAUAUAUAAUUAUAUAUAUAGCAUGUUGAAGUUUUCUUGCUGUUGUGUAGCUAUUGCCUGCAUAUCUCGAGACAAGCCCUUCCUUUUCCAGGGUAGUCGUAGUAACUUUUGAUGUUUGCGUACGUCGAUUUCGAAUCUCUCGAUUAUAAUUCAUUGCGCAGAAGCUGGAAAAUGCCGAGGGGUUUCUUACUGGAGCUCCAGUGAUUUAGGGUUUUUGAUUGAAGAAGGAAAAGAAAGAAGAUACAGUAGAGGAAUUGGAAAAAAUUGAAUGGUUGAGAGGCGUUCGCCGUGAAUCUUCACGAAAUUGCGGAAUUGUUCUGAUCCAGGUUGCUUUCUCAUGAAAGUUUCAUUUUAGGGAGGGGGAGUUGGAUUGGUUCGUUUGAUUUCUCUUGAAAUCUUUCUCACCCAGAGAGUGGAAAAGAGGAAGGAGGUUAAAAGGAGACGGUGGGAUAACUUGAAUCAGCCGUGCAUAUGAUGUUCUUUAUGUUGGAGAUAUACUUGGAAUUUGGGGAACUUUUGGUGUCUGAUUGAGUCAUCAAUGUAAAGGUUGCAGAAAUAAAGGGGUCUUCACGGAGAGAAUUGGAGCUGGCUACGGGGAGGAAUUGAUGAUUUUCUAUGGCUGUGGUGAGUCCUAUCCCUGUUAUUCCACAACAUAUCAAUCCACGAAGAUACCGUGAUAUUCGAAGCCCUGGAAUGAUGGCAAGUAGGGGUGAAAUUGUCGAGGAACCUCCGGUGCAAGUUGUGGUCGAUAAGGUGUAUGUUGCAGUGGGAAAGGACCUGAAUGAAAGCAAAUCCACUCUUUUAUGGGCAUUGCAUAAGUCUGAAGGGAGGAGGAUAUGCAUCCUUCAUGUCCACAACCCUGCUCAGAGGAUUCCCUGUAUGGGUACAAAAUUUCCAGUAAGCCAACUGGAAGAACAUCUAGUCAGGGAACACCGAGAAAUUGAGAAGCAGGAUAUGAAUAAGCUGCUAUGUGAUUACAGCAAGAUUUGUGAACAAGCAGGGGUACGUGCAGAGGUACUGCACAUUGAAAUGGACUCUAUUGAGAAGGGAAUUGUGGAACUGAUAUCUCAGCAUGGUAUUAGGAUGCUUGUUAUGGGAGCGGCGGCAGACAAACACUAUUCAAAGAAGAUGAUGGAGCCGAAGUCUAAGAAAGCCAUUUAUGUCCGUCUUCAAGCACCAAUUUUUUGUCACAUUUGGUUCAUUUGCAAAGGCAAUCUUGUUCACACGAGGGAAGGUAGACCUGGAGUUGGCAUGCAGGUUGCAUGUCUGACACAACAAGCAAGUGCGAACUAUGAAACUGGGCAAUCUAGUUCCUCGAGAUCACACUCUGUAACAGAAAGGUCAAAUGAACGUCUAAACCUGGACAGUUCUAGUCCAGGUUCUUGCAAAGUAGGGUUCGGGACUAAAUUGCGAUCCUUUUCUCCAGAAUGCUCUCAAGGGAGUUUCAGUGAUUCAGAAAGAAUGUCAAAGAGGAGUGUUUCACUGAGUUCACGUCCUUCAUCAAGUUCUUCUAUUGACAUGGCUGAUUAUUUAACUCCUGCCUCAUCUGAGAGAGUUGGGUCUGGAUUAGAGUCACUUGCACUUGGUCAUACUGAGGAGGAUCCUCACUGUCAUUCAUCUCCUCCCUGUGUACUGCAGGACAGUGAUAUGGAUGAUGAAAUUUAUGGUCAGCUUAACCAAGCCAUGGCAGAGGCAGAUAAUUCCAGGCGAGAGGCCUUUGAAGAGUCACAGAGGCGUAGAAAAGCUGAAAAAGAUGCAAUUGAUACUAACCGCAGGGCUAAAGCAGCUGAAAAAUUAUAUGCGGGCGAACUGAGAAAAAGGAAAGAAAUAGAGGAAGCAGUAUCAAGGGGAAAAGAAGAACUUGAAAAGUUGAAGCAUCAGGUGGAUGAACUCAUGGAAGAACUGUGUAUUUCCAAUGAACAGAAAUUAUCUCUGGAGAGCAAAAUUGCAAAAUCUAACCAGAUGGUGCAGGAGUUGGAGCAGAAGAUGUUCUCUGCUGUAGAACUGUUGCAAAAGUAUAAGAAGGAAAGAGAUGAGUUGCAGCUAGAGCGUGACAAUGCACUUGAAGUAGCUGAAGAGCUGAGAAAAAAACAAUCAGAGGCGGCCUUGAAUGGAUUUAUGCCUCGGUUUUUCUCUGAGUUCUAUUUCUCUGAAAUUGAAGAAGCAACAAACAAUUUUGACCCAUCCUUGAAGAUUGGGGAAGGGGGUUAUGGAAAUAUUUAUAGAGGUUUCCUGCGUCAAACUCAAGUGGCCAUAAAGAUGCUAAACUCUCACAGCUUGCAAGGUCCCUCAGAAUUUCAACAAGAGGUCAAUAUCUUGAGUAAAUUGAGGCAUCCCAACCUCGUUACUCUUAUUGGAGCCUGCCCAGAAGCUUGGGUUCUUGUCUAUGAGUAUCUUCCUAAUGGAAGUCUUGAAGAUAGACUCAACUGCAGGGACAACACUCCCCCACUAUCCUGGCAAACUCGAAUACGUAUUGCAACUGAGCUAUGUUCUGUUCUUAUCUUCCUUCAUUCUUGCAAUCCCUACAAUGUAGUACACGGUGAUAUAAAACCUGCUAAUGUUCUUCUGGAUGCCAAUUAUGUAAGCAAACUCAGCGACUUCGGAAUAUGUCGUGUUAUUACUCGAGACGAAUUCUCUGCCAACAACACAACACUGUGUUGUAGAACUGACCCAAAAGGCACUUUUGCAUACAUGGAUCCUGAAUUUCUUGCAUCAGGAGAGCUUACCCCAAAGUCAGAUGUCUAUUCUUUUGGGAUUAUAUUGUUGCGGUUAUUGACUGGAAGGUCUGCAUUGGGGAUAACAAAGGAGGUGCAAUAUGCACUUGAUAAAGGAAAUUUAAAAAACCUGAUAGAUCCUACAGCUGGAGACUGGCCUUUUGUGCAGGCUAAACAGUUGGCUCACAUAGCUAUGAGGUGCUGUGAGAUGAACCGCAGAAGCCGGCCGGACCUUGCAUCCGAAGUGUUGAGGGUGCUCGAACCAAUGAGAGUUUCAUGUGGGGCUUCUUCAUUCCGAAUGAGCUCUGAGGAGCAUUGCCAGAUUCCAAAAUAUUUUAUUUGUCCCAUUUUCCAGGAAAUCAUGCAAGAUCCACACGUCGCUGCUGAUGGCUACACUUAUGAAUUGGAGGCUCUGAGAGGAUGGCUAGAGAGUGGCCACGACACUUCACCCAUGACAAAUCUCAUGCUACCACACACCAAACUCGUGCCCAAUCAUGCACUCCGAUCUGCCAUUCAGGAGUGGCUGCAUCAGCGGUGACACGUAGUUCAUUUUCAAAUUUUUCAUCACUAGUUUGUCCAUAGCAUUUCCUUUGUUUUGAUCUCAGCGAAUGUGAACGUGGAUCUUUCGACUCUUUUGUCAGCAUCAUGUUCCGAUGUAUAUAUGAUGAAAUAUGUAAACGACCUUGGUCCGUGGUAUACAUGCUACCUAGUGUACUACUAGCAUUCGGUGUUGCUCCCACAAAGGCAGUGUCUUGUAAGCUUGGUCAUGUUGGGCGAGAUUUGAGGCUCAACUGAAUCAACAAAAAAUGGAGUUGGGGGAAUUGUGUCUUUUGGUAGUUCACUCCUCUCUGGUAUGAUGUGAUGUUGGGCCAUUUAUUCAAUUAAUUAUUCUGCA